GUAACCGUUAUAUAGAUACUAACAGGUAUACUACACAAAUUGUGAAGUCCCCUCUAAGAUAUUACAAAAAGGUUCACAACUACUUCACAUUACAAACUGUCUAAAACAUCAAAUGUAUCUUCAGUUUGUAUUAACAUUUCCUGUUUACAACAAAAAUAAAGAGGCCUAGAACAAUUCAUUUUCAACUUCUGAAUAUUGCGAUAUUUGUCUUCAAAACAUCUCUGGUUCCUUUCUGCCCAUAUAGACCACCAAAUACAUGCUGGGACAAUCUUCCAUUUCUCCUCCUUGUUGGCUGCAUUGGCAUCUCAGUUCCUGCAUUGUAAUAUUUCCUUAAUGCUUCCUGGCAUCACCCACCUAAUUUUCCUUAGGUUGAUAAAGAUUUUCCAUAGCCGAUCAGCCCAUCUGCAACGUGAGAAAAGAUGACUGGUCGUCUCUGCCUGUUCAUCACGUAAGUAACAUCUAGAGCAUAGAUGAAAGCCUCUUAGCCAGUUUCUCAUGAGUCAGAACUACUUCUUUAGCCAGUAACCAGCUAAAACAGGCCACCUUGCAUGGAAUUUUAACUUUCCAUAUCAUUUUCCAUGCCCAAUACUCCACCUGAUUAUUGAAAGGAUUCAGAUCCUUGUAAGCAGAUUUAACUUAGAAUUUCCUCCGACUGUCAACUUGUCGGACCAAGCUGUCCUCCUCCUCUACAAAACCAUUGAACUAGGAAAGUGCGUUGAGGAAUUCUGCUACUCUUUCCAGUUCCCAAACAUUCAAAAUUCUUCUGAAGUUGAGAUUCCAUCCUUGUCCAGUCCACAUGUAAGCCACUGUUGCUUGUUAUUUUUGGCACCAAAUGAAAAGUUCUGGAAAUAGUUGUUUGAAAAGAGUUUGACCAAUCCAGUUUUUAUUCCAAAAUGAGAUCUUUCUGCCAUUCCUAGCUUUGUAUCCCAGUUUUGACUGAAAUAAUUGCUAGAGAAUUCUGAUGGAUCUCCAAAUGCUACAUCCAUAUGGAGUAGAAACUUGAUUUGUAGUCUAGUUGCCUUCUUCUUCAUAUCUUGCUUUCAUGACAUCUUUCCAUAGCAUGUUGUCUUCUGUGGCAUACCUCUAUAGCCACUUCAUCAUCAAACUCCUAUUGUGAGUUUUCAUGUUCCUGACUCCCAUUCCCCAUUCUUUCUUGUUGUUGAUCAAUUCUUCCCAUUUCACUAAAUGGACUUUUCUUCUUGUCUCCAUUUCCUUGCCAGUAGAAGUUUCUCCUUAAAGCAUCAAUCUUGUUGAUCACAUUGACAGUAGCAGGAAAUAUAGACAUCAUAUAAGUGGGCAUUGCAUCAAGUACACUGUUAAUUAAGGUUAAUCUUUCCCCCAUUGAAAUGUAUCGACUCUGUAGCUCUUGGAUGCCAUUCACCUCAUUUACUGGAUAUAUGUAGCUCUUCCCCCAAUGAAUGUGAAGACCUGAAAUUACUUCCAACCAGGAUGAAAAUAAUCCUCAGAAUCAGAACUUGUCUUUUUGAGGCCUCACAGUAUACCAAAGUGUCAUCUGCAUAUUGUUGGUGGGUUCCAAAAGUUAUUCAUUUAUAGUAGCGAGAAUAAAAGAAAAUGAAGUAAUAUGAUUUAAAAGUUAAUUCUAUUGAGAAGACAUCACAUUAAAUUUGAGUUAUAAGAAAAAUACGUCCAGUAUUGGGCUCCUUGAUGUCAUUCGUAUAAUGUUUUUUAUUUUUCUUUAAAAAAGAAUAUCUUUAAGACGAUCAAGUUCAUUGAUCACACGACCAAAAUGGAGAAGAGUAGUUAACUUUAAUUUCAUUUGUGAUUCUAUCUUUGCUUCAGGAAUUAGAAAUCCUGUAUAUGUCGUGUGAAGAUAAUUAAAAAGUUUUAAAUUUGAAUUCUUGAAAGUUUUAACCGGUAUAGAAGUAGAAUGUUGUCAAUAUUUUGAUUAUAUCUCAAAAUGGAAGUGUUGUGGAGGAAGUAUUAUUUUCAGUAAAGUAGAUGUUGAUUUUGAAUUUUUCCACUGCAACUGAAUUACAUGCUUGUGGGUUAUUGCAGUGCUUUUCAAAAGAUCAUGGACACUUUUAUUGAGAAAGUAGUAGAUUUUGGAGUAAAGAAGUUCAAAAGUAUCAGCGAAUUCGAUGAGAAUCUGGAAACCCUGGAAAGAAAUGUAAAGCUACUAUCAGAUAAAGCAUUCGAUGUGAAGACAGAGGUCGAGAAUCGAGAGCGAUCUGGGAAGGAGAAGAGGAAAAGAGAAGUUGAUUCUUGGUUUGACCAGGUUAUAAAGACCGAAGAAGAAUUACGUGCUUUAAAGGAAGUAACAAGAGGGAAGAAAAAUGGAGGUUCUUUGGAGAAGAUGAAUGGAAGGGUUCGAGAACUUCUUGAGCAAAGUAAACAUUUUGGAAUGCCCGUACAUGAUAUAUAUGAGAGCGACGAGUGUCUACUGCUGGCACCGCAAAUUCAUGAGGAAACAUCAGAACAAAAUUUAGAAGAGAUUUGGAUGUGGUUACAGGAUGAAAAUGUCUCAAGCAUAGGUAUAUAUGGCAUGGGAGGUGUGGGCAAGACGACUUUGGCAAAACAUAUACAUAAUCGGUUUGUUAAAGACACUCGUUAUCAAGUUCAUUGGGUUACUGUCUCUCAAGGGUUUAGCAUCAAAAGAUUACAAGACGAUCUUGCCAAAAUUGUGAAUCUGGAUCUUUCAAAUGAGGAGGAUGAACAUAGAAGGGCAGCCAAAUUGAACGGGGCAUUCAAAGAAAGGAAGAACAUUGUUAUCAUAUUGGAUGAUGUAUGGGAUCGCCUUUGCUUGGAGAAGUUGGGUGACCCUCUUCGUGUGGAAGGCUGUAGACUGAUUCUAACUACUCGCUCGUAUGAAGUCUGCCAAAAGAUGGGUUGUCAAAAACUACUUGAAUUGGAGAAACUCAAUACUUAUGAUGCUUGGGAGUUGUUCAGGAAGAGUCUAGGAUCCGAGACUGUGCUUAGGCCAGAUAUCGAGCCAGUUGCCAAAUCCAUGGCAGGAAGGUGCAAGGGCUUGCCGCUCGGGCUAAUCACUUUGGCAGGAAGCAUGAGAGGGGUGACUGAUAUAAUGGAGUGGAAGAACGCCUUGAAAGAAUUCCCCGAUGACAUGGAAAGUGACGUAUUCAAGGUACUGCAGUAUAGUUAUGAUCGGUUGAAAGAUAAAAAAAUGCAAGUGUGUUUCUUGUACUGUGCUUUGUAUCCUGAGGACUAUGGAAUUAAUAGAGAUGAACUAAUUGAUAGAUUUAUCAUGGAGGGACUGUUGAAGGCAAAUAGUAGGCAAGAAGAGUACAACCAGGGGCAUACCAUGUUGAAUAAACUAGUGAAGGUCUGCUUACUUGAAGAAAAUGAUGAUAUAGGAGAAGUAGUAAAGAUGCAUGAUUUACUCAGGGAAAUGGCAUUGCGGAUCACUAAUUUUAAACCAAGGUACAUGGUAAGGGCUGGACUAGGAUCACAAGUGCCGGAGGAGCAAGAUUGGGCAUUCGAUUUGGAUAAAGUCUCUUUUUUUAGAAGCAAGAUAAAGGGAUUCCCUGAAGACAUGGCACCCAAUUGCCCCACAUUAUCGACCUUGAUUUUUACUUGGUGUUGUUUGGGAAGGAUCCCGGAAUCUUUCUUUCAGCAUAUGAACAACCUCCAGGUACUGGACUUGAGCUUCAACUCAGAGCUUAUGGAUUUGCCGAGUUGGAUAUCUAACUUGGGAAGUCUUAGAGCACUCUUGCUCCGAGGAUGUAAACAGCUCAGAUCUAUACCACCACUGGGAAAGCUCAAAAUAAGGGUGUUAGAUAUAUCUGGAACUGGUAUUGAGGAAGUACCUCAAGGCAUGGGAAGCUUAGUCAAGCUUAAAUAUCUAUAUAUGCGUGGAAUAUUAUAUCUUGAUGAACUGCCAAAGGAGAUAUUACCUAAACUUUCCCAUCUUCAAUACCUCAAUCUUCCUCUAUGUAUUAAUGCACGAGGUGAAGACUUGGCCAGCUUGGAACUGCUCGAAGAUUUCAAAGGCCGGUUCUGCGAUUUGCAUGACUUCUACAAGUUUAUGAGAAAUCGCCUUAACUAUGAGAAAGAUUGGUGGUAUGACAUAUUUGUAGGGCAAGAGAUGGACGCUUCUCGUCAUGAGGUCUUUGUAAAUAGUACAUUCAAAGAAAGAAGAGUGAUUGUAGAAGGUUGCACCAUUGAAGCAGGUGGAGGAGAAGCGCGAACAUCAAUUAUUCUUCCACAUGGCAUUGACAUUCUAGAGAUUACAAACUGCCAUGGGCUGAGUAGCUGCUUGGUGGACAAUUUUCUGUCACAGACUACUUUAGCAGGCUUGAUUUGCGACAUCGAGCAUUGUGAUGACAUAGAAUGGAUUAUCAACGCUCCCUCUGGUAGAAAUACUACUAUAGACCCACACUGCAUACAUUUCCAUAGUCUGCGGGUUGAUGUUUUGCCAAAUCUUGUUGGGCUUUGUAAGGGAAAAAUUGCAUCUCAUGUUCCAUGUGAUACCUUCUCUGGUCUGACAAAUCUGGUUAUUAGCAGAUGCAAUAGGAUAAAGAACUUGAUUCCGCAGGCUAUCUUGCAGGAUCUCGAAAACCUUCAGAAGCUUGUUGUACAAAGGUGUGAUGAGAUGGAAGAGAUAAUAGCUGAGGAAGCAACUGAACAAGAUGGAAGUGGCCUAUUAGGUACAAGUAGUGACAUUCUCAUCCUUCCAAAGCUAACAGAGCUCCACCUAUACAGCCUGCCUAAAUUGAAGAAAAUCUGUGAGGGAAAACUGAUCUGUGAUUCCCUUGAAUCGAUGAGUUUAGGUCGCUGCCCCGAGCUGAGGAGGCUGCCUUUCUAUACUCCCAAUACAAAUGGACAUCCUCUCCCAGCCCUUAGAGAAAUUGAAGUUGAAGAAGAUUGGUGGGAAACAUUGGAGUGGGAACAAUCCCGUAUCAAGACCCUCUUCCAACCUUACAUUUCAUAUGUGCGCCACUCGGCCAACCCCUACGGCUAAGUGUCCAUUUCGAUUUUUUUUUUUUUUUUUUUUUUAAAAAAGAAACAUUUGUUUGUGGCUCACUUGCUCAGCAAUGUUUUUCUCUAUGAUGCAACUUUUCUAAUUGCAUCUGAUGAAGAUGAUGAUAUUUCAUCUGAUUGUGGCUCACUGGCUCAGCAAUGAGUAACCUUUCUUGCUCUAAUGACACACUCUUGCUCUUUUUUCA